UAGAUAGAUCUUCGUCCUCUGCUCCUCUCUCUCUCUCUCUCUCUCUCUCUCUGUGAUUUCAUCCAUGGCAGCUUCUCCAACUUUCCCAAUCGACAGAGAGAGAGAGAGAGAGAGAGAGAGAGAGAGAAUCCACGAUUCCGAGAUGCGAUACGAAGGCGUUCUCUACUAUAUCAACCCUCACGCCGGGAAAUUUGGCCUCGAGGAUAGUGCAGAUCUACGUUUUUUUUAAUUUGUUCAUUUCUUCUCUGGAAAAUUUUCUGCCUUUACUUAAUGUUGUUUUAGUGCUUGAUUAUCUAUAAAUGCUAAACAGAGGAAGAGAUUGAUGAUAACUGUUAAGAGAGACACAGAUUAUGUUCAUUAGGAUUAGAUUUACAGAGAAAAUUGCUCUAUGAAAGUUCCCUUGUCUCCGGUCAAAGAUCGAUGGCAUCAAUGCUUGCUGGGUCCAUGUGGAACCUGAACUUACCUAGAAGUUGGACAAUUCUAAGAUAUUGCAACUGAGCCAACCCUCACCAUCGAAAAGGGCAAGUUCAGUACUGCAUCCAGCCUGCCUGUGCUGGUGACGAAAGGUCUACCCAGUCACUGAUGGAUGGGAAUGGAACAGGGAUGAGAGGGGACUAAUAGUAGUGGAUUCGUUUUUCAUCGUUUGAUUCAUCCGUUUCUCUGGGAAUGCAGCUCCAGAAUAACUUGGAACUUUUUAGUCAAUCAGUUCUGAGAUCAUGGAGAUUGGAAUAACCCCUUUUUGAAGCUGAGUAUGUUUCUGCUUACAACGGAGCAUGCUGCUAGAGUUAUAACAUGUUACGCCUAUGUUCUCCACCGAUAUUUCUCUGUCUUUUGGUUUAAGAGACUUUAGCAAAGCUUUUCCCUCAUUGUAGCUUCGCUACUGCCAGUCUUCAUUCAUCAGCAGUAGACCGGUGAAGUUGCCUGAGGGUCAGUAGCUGGCAUGGGUAAGCCAAGGGACAAGUUUUGGGAUCACGCUGAAAUCAUUCCGAAUGAAGGUGAAGCCAAGGAUCGUCGGAAGUGUAAGUUCUGCCACAAGCUAUUUUCUGGGGGAGCUUCCCGGAUAAAGGCGCAUUUGGGAAAGGUUGAAGGCAAAGGAAUUAAAGUUUGUGAAAGUGAAGUUGAAGAAGCUACGAUGAAAGAAGCUAACGAGGCUCUUGAGAAGAGUACAAAGAGAAGAAAGGUGGCAGAUUUGCGGAUUACUCUGCCAUCUCCUGGCCAAAGCAACGCCAAGGCACCAGCACCACUACAGCAGAGUCCUGACCCAAUCCACCUGAUGGGCUUGCCUCUGCUAUUUGCAUCGAGGAACAAUCUAGAUGACAUCUCAGAUUCGCACAGCAUCUUUGGAGAUUCUAGUGCAAACUUAUUACGAGAAGUCUGCGGUGGAGCAGAGGUGGAAGGUCCAUCAAAUGCUUAUGUGUACAACAAUGACAGAAGUAGAAUCCCAUGUUCAAGUUUUGUCACAGAAGCAGCUGACCGAUCGGGUUGGCCUGAACACAGCACUCCCCAACUAGAAGACCUGCCACCUUUGCAAGAGGAUCAAUGUAGUUUGUAUGUACAUGAGCUGCAGGUUGAAAAUGCAAAUGCACUCUCACUCAAGAUCCAAUCCGUGCAACCGGAUGGUCCUGCUCUGUUACCUGAGAAUGUUCAGCCAUCUCUUCCUGAAAGUACCCGUAAUGUACCACCGUGGGUGAUAUUAGAGGAUAAUUCCUGUGGACAAAACCCAGUGCAAGAUGAGCCUGAUCUGGUAGUUGAAAACCGUGAAGCUAAUAGCAUUAUGCUCGAGCUCAACAAUCAAGACAAUGGGGACAGUGCUUCAGCUCUACCUUCUUCUGCGCCGAACUCGUUUUCAAGGGAAACUACACAGCUUGAGAUGUUAGCACCCAAAUUAGUGGGUCGAGAACGGAUUGUGGAUGAGCUCUGGGAUUACUUAAUGACAAAUGAUAUAUUAUCCAUUGGAGUCUAUGGGAUGGGGGGAGUGGGGAAAACCACAACCAUGAAGCACCUCUAUAAUAAAGUGCAUGACAGUGCUGCCUUUGAGAAUGUAUUCUGGGUCACGGUGUCAAAAGACUGCAGUAUUCACGAGCUUCAAAAUAAGAUUGCUAGAGCCCUCAAGGUUCCUGACCUUUUCAAGGAUGUUGACGAAGGGAUAAGGCCAACAUUGUUGUUCAGCCAUUUGAGCGAGAAAAAGAAGUGUAUAGUUAUUUUAGAUGAUAUGUGGCAGCAUUUUGAGCUUACAGACAUUGGUAUUCCAGUCAAAAGAGAUGGUGUUCGCCUGGUCCUAACAACACAGUAUCGUGAUGUUUGUGAAAAGAUGUUGUGUCAAGCGAAAAUUGGAGUUCGACCUCUAUCUAAUGAAGCAGCAUGGACAUUGUUCGUAGAGACACUUGGUUCUGAUCUACCUCCUGGUCGGAAGCUUGUUGCUAAGGAUAUUGUUAAGGAGUGCAAAGGCUUGCCGUUAGCUAUCGUUGUUAUGGCGGGAAGCAUGAGGGGAGAGGUCGAGGAUCAUGCAUGGGAAGCCACGCUGGAAAAUUUAAAACGACCAGGAGUUCCAGAACAGAGUAUGAAAGAGAGUGUUUUCCCGAUUCUGGUGCACAGUUACAACCGCUUGGAUAAGAGGAAACAACUAUGUUUUUUAACAUGUGCUCUAUAUCCCGAAGAUUGGUCAAUCCCUAGACAAGAACUGAUAGAACUUUGUAUUGAUGAGGGGGUGAUUCGUGAAGAUAGGAGACGAAAGUUGUACAACGAAGGGCACAGAUUGUUAGAUGAACUUGAAAAGGCGUGCCUCUUGGAGGCAAAUAGUGAAGGCCGUAGAGAAGUUAGGAUGCAUGAUGUGAUUCGGGAUAUGGCACUGCACAUCAUGAACGAGAACAACGCCCCAUGCAUAGUGAAAUCUGGCUUGCGUUUUGAAGAUGUGCCGGAUGAUGAGGAAUGGUUGCCUAAUCUUCAGAAGGUCUCCUUGAUGAAUAAUGGCAUAGAAGCAGUUCCACCCUCCAUAUCACCAAACUGUCCUCAACUUGCAACUCUGCUGUUGGGGGGCUGUUGGAGAUUGCGUAAAAUCUCAAAACGUUUCUUUCAGCGGAUGCAGGGGUUGAAGGUUAUUGAUUUGAGAAGUACUGGCAUCACAAAAGUGCCAAAAUCUGUCAUGAACUUGAAAAACUUGAACGCACUUACACUCAACAUGUGCUUUGAAUUAUCUCGUAUUCCGUCCUUGGGGAAGUUGGCAUCGUUAAAGAAGUUGGACCUCAUGGGGUGUAGAAAGAUAAAAGAAGUACCGGAUGGUUUGGGGAUGUUGGUUAAUCUUACAUAUCUCUGCUUAACAGAGACGAGGAUUGAAAGGGUUCCAGAUGGAGUAGUCCGUAAGUUAAAGAAGCUACAACACCUUAAAGCUGAUUAUAUUGCAGUGAAGGGAGAAGAAGUUGGAAAAUUGAGGAAGUUGGAGGUACUCCGAUGUCGUUUCGAAAACGUGAAUGAGCUGAAUGAGUACACACUGCGUGCGACAACUAUAGAGUCAUACAGGCUCGCCAUAGGAGCUCGUACAGAUCUUGACUAUUGGCAUGGUGUAUUUGGAUAUGGUGGUGGCGAUUUAAAUCAUUUUAAUAGUGGCAAAGUUAUUAUGAUGGGUGAAGGAGAGUAUAAGAUAGGAGAAACUUGUCAUCUCCCAAGAAACGUGAAGGUAUUGUGGAUUCAAGGCUAUGGCGGGACGUGGAAUAUAUCCAGUUUUAUGGGACUUGAAGAACUGGAGCAGCUAUGCAUUAAAGGGUGCGAUGAGGUGUCAACACUGAGUGGGAGUGGGGGACAGCCAGAAGAGCCAGAGGGACAGCUGGAGGAACGAACUUCUCCACCACCACCAGAAGACCACUGCCCCAAUCUCGAGGUGCUGGAGAUCUUUGAAUGUCCAAAAUUGAAACAUCUGUUGGUGCUCAGACACAGCUGCAAUCUGUACCUUAAGAAACUAGAAAAGCUACAGAUAUAUGACUGCGAGGAGCUGGAGAGUAUAAUAGGAGCAGCAUCAAACGAAGAAGAAUCACUAACAUCAUCAACAUCACCACUGACACCCGACGCUUUCUCCCAUCUCCGAUCAAUUGAAAUCGUCAAUUGCCCAACGAUGAAGCAUAUGGUGGGGCCAAAAUCGCUUCCUCUUCUUAGGGAAAUAAAAUUACGUGGAUCUCAUAAGAUGAAGAAGGUUAGAGGCGGCCAAGAAUUAGACCGUGGAGCCACCAGCGGCUUGUUCUUGCACUCCAUUCCGGCAUCUGAUCAAUUAAGUACAAGAAAGCUGACCUUGAUAUUAUACGGCCUUGAGGAGCUGGAGAGCAUAUGCAGUUGGACCGGACUUCGGGAUCUCAUACAUGUCAUUCAUAUACAUAGAUGUUCAAAGCUGAAGAGGAUUGAAAUGCUAGAUGAUGCUUCUCCUCCCCCUUCUCUUAAGAAGAUAGUACUACUAGACAAAGCGGAUGGAAAUGGAGAAAAACAAUGGUGGGAAUCUCUGGAGUGGGUCCACCCUGAGGCCAAGACUGCCCUUGAACCCUAUGUGUGGGUUGAUUUGUCAAACCAAAUAAUUCCUUUUACGAGAAUGCCGGUCGUAAUCGACAGCAAGAUUAGGGAGGGAGGGAGGGAUCCAAACUGUGCUCAGAGGAAGUAAUGAUACCCGUCAAGGGAGGUGGAUUCAUUCAAGGGGGGACAAUGAGUAGCAUUGGAUUGCACCAUGAGAUUCCCUAUUAAGGUAAUUAAAGUCCUCUAAGUGUUUUAACCCCUCCAUCAUCCAUCUUUUCUGUAAUUCUCCUGUCAUUCCCAUACUUUGAUGUGAUGAUUAUCUUGUUCCGGGAUAAUCAGUGGGUCAUCAGCCAUUUGAUGAUUUGUUCUAUAUACUAAGCGCGAGCAGAAAUGCCAAUAUUCUUGUAUGCCAUAACACCAUUAAUUAGUGUGUUUCAGCUUGCUGCUGGCGUAGGAGAUUGCAGGAUUGUAGUGAACUGCUGCUUCUGUGAUUGUUGCUAAGGAGAUUCUGAAACAUUUGCUCUUUGAAUUAUCAGCAUAUUCAGCGUGUUGUUCUAUGAAGAACUACUAUAAUAUGUGUGUGUCUGCCUGCUCAGCUAGGUAUUCUUCAGAUACGAGAAAUCAACUAUCGGUGAGUGUCAAAUGUGUCAUCUGUGGAUGUGGUGAACUCUGCUGAAUCAAUUUAUUGUUCUUAUAGUU